AUGGUGCGAGUAAGUGCACAUUGCUUGUACCACACCAUCUUACCUUCGAUAAUGACUCGUACCGUCAAGAACAACGAUCGAAACCACGCUGGCCUUGCUGACGGUACUGCUGUUCCUGAAGAUCGACUUCCUCGAUACUUUGCCAAGAGUGGUCACGUUGACGCUGAUCCAAAGGGCAUCAAGAAACAAGGUGCUGGUCGGGGUAACUGGGGCACACUCUCUGACGAAGCCGACGACUCCGGCUACAACUUUGUCAACAACCGACGACGAUCGAAUAGUAGCACUCAAACCUUGAACGACUUCAAGACCAAGUUCGAGAAGCUCGACCAAGAGCCCGUCUUCGAGGAAGAGCUUCACGGUCCUACUGACGACGAUGUCGAGCAGGCAUCCACCCUCAGUAAGGAAGACAGUCAGUCCAGCAGCUACUCCGAGACCUCCGACGAGGGUAUCAAGAGAAUGUAA